GGCGACGUUGCUUAGUAGGCUGGGAGCUUCAUUCGCGUAAAGUUAGGAGAAAUAUGUAAGAAAUCAAGACUGCCUGUGAAGUUUUCAUCCAAAUAACUAAACAUGGCCACUCAGACACAGACUCUGACAAGGAAACCAGUCACACACGCGGGCAGAACGCAUGAUUAUUUGUAUGAUCCUCAUUAUGUGUUAUCCAGUGAGCGGGAUCAUGCCAGGGCUACGUUUAAAGCUCACACCAGUACAGACAGGAUUAAAAGGGUUCCUGUCUUCAAGACAAUGUUCAGUGAGCUGCGCCACCACCCAAGAGCCCAGGCACGUCUUGAAGUUACAGACCCAGUCCCAAAGUUCAUCUCCCGUCAGUGGAGGGGUUACAAUGACCAGGCCCGGGAGGCUUUGGUCAGAUACACAACCUUUAACUAUGACCCCUCUGUCCAGGUCCCAGAGAAAAGUUUCCCACCAGCCUAUGUCAAUGGAAAAAACAGAUUCAAAUACUUCAAGCGCCCAAUCAUUCCAUUUUUACAACAAGUUCCUCCCGAAGUUCUUUUAGCCACAUCCAGACAUGACCCAUUGGCAGGAAUGGAAUCCACACGUGAGAGAGUUUCCAGCCCUCUGCACAAAACUGUGGAGACUCAGACAGAUUACCGUGACUCAGAGGCUCAAACUGACCCCUACACACCAGAGUACGUCGUCAAGCCUGGAGAGCAGCCAGAGCUCCUCACACUCGCUACCCUCUCUUAUGGCCGAGGAUUACCAGCAGGGUUAGCUGAAGUGGAGAUGAUAGAGCGUGCACGAGCUAAACGAGCUUGGGAGGCAACAUUACCUCCCCUGAAUGACAUGUCCCAGCUGGAAAAGCGGCGUCACAUGAUGGACGAGAUGGAGAGGAAGGAAUGGAGGUUGAGGGAACAAGAAAUUGAGAAACUGCAAGAAGCCAGGUUAGAAGUCCUGAAGCAACUAUUGAAGAAGAGAGAAGAUAAUCACGAGGAAAUGAACAUCAAACGUCUGGAUAAACUUUGGAGAAAGAAACAAAAAAGGAAAGAAGCACAAGUCAUGAAGAUUAGAAAUGAACACAUCAAAACAAUCAGAAAGCUUACAGCCAAACGAGGUAAAGUUGAGGGGACUUUGAAGCGCAUUGAUGUGUUACAGAAGUUCUCAGACUAUGCCUCUGAUGCCUAUGCUCCUAUGACACGUAUUGGAGUUUUCCCUGACAGAGCCUCAGAGCAGUACGUGGUGAAAAGUCGUCAUCUGAAUACAUACCAAGGAUUGCUGGAAUUGGAGGCAUCUUUACCUGACUUUGUCACUCAGCCUCGCAUCAAGGCCCCUAAGAUGAGCUGUGUGACCAAGGCUGGCUUUGUGAAGAGACACCACAGACAGGAAAGGGAGCUGGAAAUCAUGCACCAGGCUAUCAAGGAUGCGAUGAGAAAGGAGGAGAUCCCAGCCAAACCUCUUAGGUUCCUAGAGAAGAUAGAGAAGCCCAUUCCCCGACCCCCCACUCCAUCUGUCCAGGUCCCAGAGGAGGAUGAAGAGGAAAGGGAGCUGGCUGCUAUUUUCCUCCAGCAGGUGAUCAGGGGCCGAGCCAUUCAGAACAUGAUGUUUGAAGGAAAGGAGAAGCGUAUUGAGCUGAUUCGUGAACUGCGCAGCACUCACGCCCUGCAGGCAAAUGAACAGGAAAUUAAGAAACAGGAGAAACAGACAACACUGGCACUUCAGCGACAACGUCGACUUCAUGAACACCAGGAGUCGCUUGUUGAUGAGGCACUGAGUCACGAGGAGGGCAGCAGCCUGGGUGACACCCUGGACUUCCUCAGCAAGGAGCUGAUCCGACUUCAGGAAGAGAGAAGGAUCCACGCCUUCUCCAUGCUGGCAGAGAGACAGCGGCGCAUCCGGGAAGCCGUGGAGAGUGGCCGCAGACAGGUGGAGGAGAGGCGGCGCAGGGAGGAUGAUGAAAUAUUUAAACAGAUGGUGAAGAUGCACCAGAAUAGUGUGGACACCUAUCUGGAGGACAUCAUCCUGAACUCUGUGGAUGACACUGCUGACAAGCAAGCACGUGAGGAGAUACAACAGAUGGCAGAGAAGAUUAAUGAUGUGGCUUAUGAAAUAGAAGAAAAGCGCACAGCCCUGGAGUCUGAAGAGAUCGUUGCUGAGCUGGUACACUGCUUUCAUCCAGAGGUACAGAAAUCCACUGUAAGAGAUAAAGUGCGAAGAGGUCAGAGGAAAUACCUAUUGGCAGCCCACAAAGAAAUCCAUAAAAAGGAGGAAGGUAUUAUCAAUAUCCCUAAAGCUGCCUCCACAGCCAGAGUGAAUAUAGAGGAUGAGUUUGGAUCCUCCAGUGAGGAGCUGACCAAGUUAGAGUGAUAGCAAACAUGAACCAUGGCAUUGCUAACAAGACAUGUUUAAAGACAUUUGUUCAAUGAACUUUUUGCACUUUUUAUUUACUGUAUAAAAAAUUCUCUUUUGACUUGUCAAUUGUGGUAUGUUAGUCACUCUGUAGUGCCUCACCAUCCAACUGUGAUAUAUCUAUUGCUGUAAAUAUACAUGAAUGUUACACGUGACAAAUAACUGAAAGCACUAAGAAAGAAAAUCUUGGAACAGCAGUUUCUUUUUAAUAUUGUAUUUAAUAUAAUAGUAUUAUACAAAGAUAAGACAAGAGUGUAAAAUAUGGACAAGAUUAAAGAAAAAAUAUUUCAUCAAACCCA